UACUUUCUAUCUCCUCUCUAAUCUCAUGUUUGUUCUUCUCUUGAAUUGAUCCAAAAUUGCUAUCACUUCAUCCCUGAACAGCUUUUCCUUGGAAGAUUGCCCGUCCGGGGGCCUCAAAUCUCACACACGUUCAAAAAUUGGAUUGGCGCAGAAACCCAAAAUGUAUACAUACCCGUUCCAGCAACGUCCACAAUCAUUGGCUGCAGAGAGCUCUCGCCAUAUGUCUCGCUUUGGGCUUCGACCCCCGUCGAUGAUUCCCCGUUCUCUCUUUCCCUGGCUUUAUCCUCGGCUCAGUGAUGAUCACGCCGGCGUGAAAGUGUUCAUUGACCUUCUUUUCAUCAUUGUCUUCAUCAUAAUAGCUGGACUUCUCAUGUACUUCGCCCCUCAGAUUUUCAAUAGUGCUAAACGUCUCGUGGGCUGGGCAAACAAUCACCUUCAGAUCUUGUUCUGUGGCCGUAGGUCUCGAGCCAGACUUGGGUCUCCUGUCCGGCAGACGACAGAGUUACAUCAUGAGACGUCAGCGUGGGAUUCUGAUGCAUCCAAUCUGGACCUGGCCGAAAUUGGGACGUCAAUUGACCCGAGCAAACUAAGGAUGAGCAGUGGAACAGAUCGUACGGAAUCAUCUGGGCCCUCUACCACUAAUGAGCUACCACGAAUGUCAAUAACCUCAGCAUAUUCACCCAAUAAUAAUAAUACGCAAUCCUAAUCGAAGCUUUUUAUAUGACUUGAGCACUUCUCGAUGCAAAAACCAAAUGGGAAAGCCAACAUAGAGAUCGUAAUGGAAUGCCUGAGGGUACAUAUUCUUUUCAGUCCAAGAAAGAGGGUGUCAAUGGGGCGUCAUCUUUUUGCUUUAGUAUUCAAUCGGCAUCCAUUUCUUUUUCUUUUUAUGGUUCAAACCUUCUUUAAAAAAUUAAUUUCUUCUCCCUGGGAGGGUUGACCAUGAUUAUGGUUUGAUCACCUGGCUCUGUUUUUCGUCAGAUGUUAGACAUGUGGUCCUAGUAACUCAGGCCC